AGUAAAGACGUCAUAAAUUCACUAAUGGCCGACGCUGUUCGUAUAAACAUGACUACCGCAGUACUUUUAUUUAUCGUAUUUUGUUUGAUGUGUUUUCAAAAUUCAUCUGGUUGGAUUCACAAUCUCAAAUUACAGACAGAUGAUAGGAGAGACAUCAUGUUAACCCACACAUUUGGUUUCCUAAAGGCAGGGACAUUGACUGUCAACGUGACCAUGUUUUCUUUUAAACCAAUAGUAAAUGUCACCAAUACUACUUUUGGCUUUACAUUGGAUAAAAGUAAAAGUCCUGGUCUCAAUAGUUAUGUGGAGAGCAUGCAGAAAUGUGCCCUUAAUGAUACAGAGACAAAAGAUGCCACUGUUAUUUUUAGAUUUGAUUUUGUCACUAAAAGUAUAUAUGUGGAAAGAAGGGGCGAUGACUUAAAACAUUUGCUCAUUUCUGCCACACCUGCGGCUACAGUGGCUCCCCCUACACAAGGCAGCAUAACAACAGUCACUGCAGACAGUACAACAACUAAACCCACCAAAGCACCAGAUGUUCCUGAUGGGAAGGCCCCACCAAAUGACUUUAAAUCUGGCAAAUCUAACAGAAAAAAAAGAGCUGUAGAUAGCCAGAAAGAGACUCCAAGUACAACUACACCACAGACAACAAAUGUGGUUCAGAAGAAAGAAACCAUUCCAUUGAAAGUUACUGGUAUAGAAGAUGGAUUAGUCUACUAUCAAACUUAUUUUCAAGUGACUGUGAGUAAAGAUUCUGAAGAAGGUCUCUACAACUUGUACUUUCACAACUGUAGGAAAGAAAAUACUUUGGUCAAUCUAUCUAUUCAAAUAAUACAGAAAAAUGACCAGAGUUAUCUGUCCGCUGAUGAAAUGCCCAUCCCCACUUUGUACUUUGUGUUCAGUGUUAUCUUCUUCAUUAUGACCAUCCUUUGGUUUGUUGUGUUGCACAAGGCCAAGGAAGGUGUGUACAAGAUUCAUUACCUCAUGCUAGUCGUUGUUUUCUUCAAGAGUAUCUCUAAUCUUUUUCAUGGGGUAAACAUGCAUAUGAUUGAAAAGACAGGUAUCCAUGUUGAUGCCUGGGCUAUCUUGUGGUAUAUAGUGUAUUUGAUGAGAGGUGCAGUUCUGUUUGUUACGGUUCUUUUGAUUGGUGCCGGCUGGGCUUUUAUAAAACAUGUCUUCACAGACAGGGAGAAAAAAUUGUUUUUGAUUGUCAUUCCAUUGCAGAUCUUAAUGAAUGUGGCGUGGGUUAUAGUUGAAGAAAGUGAAGAAGGCUACCCAUCCUAUGAUACUUGGCACAAAAUUUUUAUGGGUGUUGAUCUGCUCUGCUGUUUUGCCAUUCUCUUCCCUGUGAUCUGGUCUAUCAGACAUCUUCAAGAAGCCUCCAAGACUGAUGGUAAAGCUGCCAUCAAUUUGAACAAGCUUAAGCUGUUUAGGCAUUUUUAUAUUAUGGUUGUUGCUUAUAUUUAUUUCACAAGGAUCAUUGGAUAUUUGCUAUUGAUAACUCUGCCUUUCCGCUAUGGAUGGAUGAAAGAUUUAUUUGAGGAAGUUUUCCUGCUAGUCUUUUUUGGUUUGACGGGCUACAAGUUCCGGCCGACCAGUGACAACCCCUACUUGAUGGUACCAUUAGACAGUGAUGACGAGGAAGAGAUUGAAAUGGACGAAGUUGUGACAAAAAGUGGCAGCACAGAAGGGCUAGUCAGAGUAAACCAAGGAAAAACUGAAGACCCUAAAAAGACAGCAGCAAUUAAACAAAGGGAGAGCAGUCAUGAUUAUGAUUGAAACCAGCAGUUUUAAAUUAGUUUUCUGCUUUCUUAUUAUAGUUUCCGAAUUAUUAUUAUUAUUUCAAAUCAAAAGAAACCACUUUAAUUUAUUUUGACCAAAGUUUUAAUUUAUUUAUGAUAAAUUAGAUCUGCUUUUAAACUCUCUAUUUAUUAUAAUUUAGAAGUUGGGUUGUAUUUUUUAUUAUUCCUCUAAAUGAUAUCUAGUUUUCUUUAAAAAUUGUUCAGUUUUCCUAAAGACUGAACAUCAUCAUUUAUUAAUCAUUUUUUUUUUUUAAAUUAUUCAUAGAACAAUCUUGCCUCAAACUAACAUCUUGUUAAUAUUUAGAUUUCAAACAAUUAUCAUCUACUUUAGCUGAAAUAUCUAUCUUUCAGUGAUGAAUUUUGAGUUCAUUUUAAAUGAAUGGCUGUUCCAAACUUUGUAAAUCUGAAGAAGACUGUGUUUUCUGUGAUGAAAAAGUCUAGAAAGAAACAGCCUGCUAAUAAAUUCAACUUCCAAGACAGAAUAAAAUGUUUAUAAAUAAUAAGCUGUUUUUCCUUCCCCAAACUCACCCUAGUGUCUACUUUGCAUUAGGGUCACAUUAGCACAAUUUAUUUGAUUCAAAAACCUUGAGCAUUAACGACCCUAGGUCUUUUUUACCCUGUGGCUUCACUGUGAUAAGUGGUUGCUUUAAAAGUUUUAAAUAGUUUUUUUUUUUAAAUAUAUGGAGUGUAUUUUGAGAUGAUUGAAGAUGUGGAUGUCCAACAUUAGACUUUUCCAAAAAUAGGUGUGGUAGGUUGUUAGUAGUAUUUGUAAUCUCAACUAAUUUUAUGGAUAUAAAUUAGGGUUAGGUGUAUAGCUAGAUCAGGGUUAGUGAUAGGGUUAGCGUUGACAUUAGCAAGCCAUGUAUAUAUAUUUUAGUUAACUACCAGUAACCUAACACCCCUUUUUUUUAGAAGAUUCUAUUAUCGGACACUGGUUAAAAAACAUCCCCCAAAUUUUGUAAUGCAUUUUUUGAAAUGUAAAAAUAAUACUUGUACAGUAUAUUCAAAAACAAAAUGUUUCAGUUUUGAAAACUUGUUAAUACAUUUUAAAAAUAUUUUACAAUCUAAUGAAAUGUUAGUCUAGUUCAUUUAUUAAUAAAAUCAAACCCAUAGUCUUCCAUAAAUUAGAUAUUUUUUUAAAAAUCCAAAAUCGGUUAAGCUAAAGUCACGGUUUUAUUAUUUCAUUAAGACAGGUAUUUUUUUAAUGUCACACCUCUUGCUUAUAUAGGCCACUGCCUGUCUCCAGUCAUUGAUUGACAGGUAGCUUAUCAUUAGCUGGGCUUGUGAUUUUUUUUACCAUUUAUGUACAGACCUUAAAUGCUUAUAUCAUCUGGUGUCUAUUCAUUGGUUCAUGUAAAAUAUAAGACAGAAUGUUCUUAUGUGUUUUGUUGUCCUUUUUGUUUUCUAAAAGAAUUUUUUGCCGCCCUCAAGGACAAAAUAAAUUUACAUAACAUUAUAUGCUUCCAUAAUGUGGCUUUGAAUCAUUGGUUUUUUGUUUUUUUUGUAAAUAAAAGAGAAUGUUCA